AUGUUGCUGAACUUCGACAAGUUCGAGGACCCGGAUGAUCUGCUGUGCACGCAGCAGAAGCUUCUCGGAAGCCGGCUGGUGCUCCCAGAAGCCACAAAUACCCCCGUUGUAAUGGCAUCGUCAGCAACCCUUGAGCCCUCACCCACAUCUGCUCCCCCUCUCGAUGGCGUGGGGAAUAAAGCUCCUAGCAAGUCCCGAAAGCGACGACAGGUUGAACCGGAGGACGACCAUAACCCUCGCUACCCUCAGCCCCUAGAAGAGCUGAUGAAGAUGACUGCCGUCGAGCUCCGCAAGAUUGCACAGGAAAACUCGAAGGAAGCCUUCUCCGUCGAUGAUGAAAAGUUCUUCCUUGAUUUCUACCAUCAGCAAGAGGUGAUGUUGGCUAUCAAAGCUAUCGAGCGGCAAGUAUCACUCCCUAUGAUUCACACCUUGUUGGGACGUCGUGUCGCUAUCCGCGAGGCCAAUCGUUGGAAUCGGUUUCUGCAAACACCGGAAGCCCGUGCUAUAUUUCAGGCCAAUGGUCGAGGAGUUAAGAACAAGCAGGUAAUGGCCCUGCUUUCAGUGGCCUAUGGAAAGCUCACCGAAGCGGAGAAAGAAGCUUUGACUGCCCCACCUGUGGCAGCAACCAAUCAAGUGUCAGAUAUCACUAUUGAACAAGCGGUGCCAACUGGGGAUUCUCAACCACGUCGAGGAGAUGAGGAUCUCACUCCGUCUGAGUUGGCUCUUGAUGACGAAAGCGAGGAUGAUUCUGGUCACAGGGCCUUAGGCUCAGGUGGGGGACAAGCUCCCCAAGCCUUUCUCCGUGGCACUGUAUCAAACUUGGUGCGCAAGGAUCAAGCAGAGAAAGCAAUAAACAAGUGGUCAGCCGAAUCCCUCAACAUUGCAAAGACCUGCAAUUGUGAGGUCGUCAUAUUUGCUGUUUCAAAGCAUCUUUCUUCCCACAGCUUCAAGUUUGAACGAUGUACCCCUGGCGCUAUUAAAGAGCACACAACAAUCCUAGAGAUGGAUGGUGACAAUCACUACUCUGCUCGACUUCAGGCCCUACUCACAGGUAACUCUGUUGGCCAGAUUACUGUGGCCAACAAACUCCCUGGUAACCAAAAGAAAAAGCUCCGAAACCUCCUGCCUCAAUUGACAGCUCAGUUGGCAGUGCAUAUUAAUCGCGAAACUCAUGGUGUAUUAACAAGUUGGCCUUGGACUGAUAACAACAAGCGACUCGCGGAGGCCAAAUAUCGACUUGAACUCUCCCACUUGGCUGUGUCAGAUAUCAACUGGCUCCGCAGAUCAAACAAGAAGCUCAAGAAGACACAUGUUUCAAUGUUGCUUCUUGAUCUUGAUCGCGGAUAUAUUAAAGUUGUGCCAGUUCUCCCUACCCCAACCGCUUCAAACACUGAGUUACGACACAAUAUCCAGGGUUCUGCACAGACUGAUCAAACUUCUUCCAGUCGAUCCCCACCUCCAGACAACACUCGACUUAACUUGAACCAAACUGAUUCUGACUCUGAGAAUGAUGAUCAGGAUGAAGAGUAA